AACAAGAAUCGCAAUUCCCAUACUUUGAUGAUGAAUUAUCUCUAUAUGAAUCGUAUCAAGAUGAAAUGUUUUCAGAUAAUUCAAAUCAAAAUGAAUUGCAUCUUAAAGAAUCAAACCAAACUAAAUCAUACCCUGAUGAAUCAAAUCAAAAUGAAUCAUAUCCUGAUAAAUCAUAUUCUGAUAAAUCAAAUCAAAAUAAAUUUUAUCCUGAUGAAUCUCAAGACGAACCUUGCCUGGAUGAGCCAUCAUCACAAGCAGAAAAGUAA